AUGACAAAUACUAAGCACGCAGCUGCUGUAGUGCUUCUGUGCCUCAUGGCUGAAGUGGUAGCAAACCCGGUGAGGCGUUCCCCAGAUCUGGAAGCAAGGAGAAGAAGCGCCGUCGAUCGGAGUAUGAUAAGGUUUGGUCGCUCCUAUCCACCUGAGCCGUCAGCAGCUGAAAUCCGGGAGCAGUUCCAACGACCAACGCGACGGGGCAAUAGUUUCCUUCGUUUUGGCAGAUCCCAACCCUUGACUUUCACCACUGAUGACUUGAUAACACUUCUGCGAACUUACGAAAAUGACUACGAGAAUGAACCUUCGAAACGAAGCCCGAACUUCAUCCGUCUUGGCCGUGACCCAAAGUUUAUCCGAUUGGGAAGAAAUGUGGAAGAAAAGCCGAACUACGAGCAGAGUUCUGAGCUCUAUGUCAGUGGGUACCCUCAAAGAAAGAACAGAGCGCGAGACCACUUCAUAAGACUGGGAAGAGACAGCGAGGAGAUCAACGAAGAAGAAGAGAAGAGAUCUAUUGAAACAUGCCACGAUUGUGAAUCGUAA